UGGAGCUGUCCCUGUGUGGUGGCCACACCCUCACCCUUCUCUCCCUGCACAGGCUGCUACCCACACCGCUCUUCGGGGUCGUGGAGCAGACACUCUUCAAGGUGCUGCCGGGACUGCUGUGCCCCAUGGUGGACAGUGUGCUGGGUGUGGUGAAUGAGCUCCUGGGGACUGCGCUGAGCCUGGUGCCCCUUGGGGCUCUUGGGUCCGUGGAAUUUACUCUGGCCACACUGCCUCUUAUCUCUAACCAGUACAUAGAGUUGGACAUCAACCCUAUCGUGAAAAGCGUAGCUGGUGACGUCAUUGACUUCCCUAAGCCCCCCAAACCCAUCAAGGUGCCCCCCAAGGAGGAUCACACAUCCCAGGUGGUUGUGCCUCUGUACCUCUUCAAUACCGUAUUUGGGCUCCUGCAGACCAACGGUGCCCUUGACAUAGACAUCACCCCGGAGCUGGUCCCCAGCAAUGUGCCAUUGACAACUACAGACCUGGCAGCUUUGGUCCCUGAGGCCCUGGGAAAGUUGCCCCCAGGCCAGCAGCUCCUGCUCUCAAUGCGGGUGAAAGAAGCACCAUCAUUCACGCUCCAGAACGGGAAGGCCACCAUCUCCAUCCCAGCUAACGUCCACGUGCUGUCCUACCACCUUAAAGGGACCCCUGAAGCCCUCUUCGAGCUGAAUGCGGUUUUGACUUUAAAUGCCCAGCUGGCUCCCUCGGCUACGAAGCUGCACCUGUCGCUGUCCCUGGAACGGCUCAGUGUCAAGCUGGCCUCCUCCUUUGCCCAUGCCUUUGAUGCAGCCCGUUUAGAAGAAUGGCUCAGUCACGUGGUCCGGGCGGCCUAUGUGCCGAAGCUCAAUGUGGACCUGGAUGUUGGAAUUCCCCUGCCUAAGGUUCUCAAUGUCAACUUUGCCAACGCAGCCCUGGAGAUCAUCGAGAGAAGGCGCGCCAGCAUGUGGACGGCCUGGUGCGUGGCCGCUCUGUGUGUGGCAGCUGUCUGCGGCACCCGCCAAGAGACAAACACUGUCCUCAGGGUUACCAAAGACGUGCUGAGCAACGCCAUUUCGGGCGCCCUACAGCAGAGUGAUGCUCUCCGCUCAGCCCUGAGAGAGGUGCCCAUGGGUGUCGGUGGCGUUCCCUACAACGAUUUCCAUGUCCGAGAGCGCCCCCCAAAAUAUACCAAUGGCAAUCAGCUUGGCGGUAAUUACAAGUAUGGUCACAUCGAGACCAAUGACAACACCGCUCAGCUGGGGGGCAAAUACAGAUACGGUGAGAUCCUUGAGUCAGAUGGAAGCAUCAGGGACCUCCGAAAGGGCGACUACCGCAAUGCCGAGAACGCAUAUGGCGACCACAGGGGCCAUGGGCGGUACAGGUCAGCCGAAGAUGCGGCAGUCGCAGGCAGGCUUCACCGGAGAGAGCUGCGGCCUGGAGAGAUCCCACCCGGUGUAGCCACUGGGGCUCUGGGCCCAGGUGGUUUGCUCGGCACUGGGGGCAUGCUGGCGGCUGAUGGCAUCCUGUCGGGCCAAGGCGGCCUGCUCGGCGGAGGUGGUCUCCUUGGUGAUGGAGGACUUCUCGGAGGAGGCGGAGUCCUGGGCGUGCUUGGCGAGGGCGGCCUCAUCAGCACCGUGCAGGGCAUCACGGGGCUGCGCAUCGUGGAGUUGACCCUCCCCCGGGUGUCCGUGCGGCUCCUGCCUGGAGUGGGCGUCUACCUGAGUUUGUACACCCGCGUGGCCAUCAACGGGAAGAGUCUCAUCGGCUUCCUGGACAUCGCUGUGGAAGUGAACAUCACUGCCAAGGUCCGGCUGACCAUGGACCGCACGGGCUACCCUAGGCUAGUCAUUGAGCGAUGUGACACCCUCCUGGGGGGUAUCAAAGUCAAGCUGCUUCGAGGGCUUCUCCCCAACCUCGUGGACAACUUAGUGAACCGAGUCCUGGCCAAUGUCCUCCCUGACUUGCUCUGCCCCAUCGUGGACGUGGUCCUGGGUCUUGUCAACGACCAGCUGGGGCUUGUGGACUCGCUGGUUCCUCUGGGGAUAUUGGGAAGUGUCCAGUAUACCUUCUCCAGCCUCCCGCUUGUGACUGGGGAAUUCCUGGAGCUGGACCUCAACACUCUGGUUGGGGAGGCUGGAGGAGAGCUCAUUGACUACCCACUGGGGCGGCCAGCCACGUCUCCCAGACAAAAGAUGCCAGACUUGCCCCCCAUGGGCGACAACACCAACUCGCAACUGGCCAUUUCUGCCAACUUCCUGGGCUCGGUGUUGGCCCUCCUGCAGAAGCAGGGGGCCCUGGAUAUUGACAUCACCAACGGCAUGUUUGAAGAGCUUCCUCCUCUCACCACGUCCACGCUGGGAGCUCUGAUUCCCAAGGUGUUUCAGCAGUACCCUGAAUCCCGCCCACUCACCAUCAGGAUCCAGGUGCCCAACCCACCUUCAGUGACGCUGCAGAAGGACGAGGCACUGGUAAAGGUAUUCGCCACGUCUGAGGUCAUGGUCUCCCAGCCCAAUGACGUGGAGACCACUAUCUGUCUCAUCGACGUGGACACAGAACUCUUGGCCAUGUUUUCUGUGGAGGGAGAUAAGCUCAUGAUCGACGCCAAGCUGGACAAGACUCACCUCAACCUCAGAACCUCAAACGUAGGCAACUUUGACGUUGGUCUCUUGGAGGUGCUGGUUGGGAAGAUCUUUGACCUGGCAUUUCUGCCCGCCAUGAACGCCGUGCUGGGCUCUGGCGUCCCUCUCCCCAAAAUCCUCAACAUCGACUUCAACAAUGCAGACAUCGACGUGUUGGAGGACCUUCUGGUGCUGAGUGCCUGAAGGACACAGGCAGAGACGCUGCUGCAGCCCUGGGAGAAGCCAGAGCUCGCCCUUCUGGAAAGGCUCUGCUAACAGUCUCCAGCCCUGAGUCCCUGAAGGGGGCCUGCCCCCUACGACAGGUUCCCGCCCAGCUUCCCAACCCUCUUCCUACCUGUCCCCCUCCCCCCGAGAAAGGAAACAGCCAGAGACUCUUUUGGCAAAGAAUCCCAUCCACAGUCAGUCCUACGGUCCAUCUCCGCAUUGGGAAGCAGGUCACCUGGAGGACAGAGGCCUCUUAGACUCCAUGCCAGACUCCAUGCUGCACACUUUACACUUUCAAUAAAAGAGUCCAAUUUCCCUGCAGUUGGAGCAAGU